AGACUCGGGGUGGUAGCUGCGGCCUCGAGAGCGCAUUUUUUCCUCCCUCCCCCUCCCGGUGUUUUAGUUCCCCAGUUCCCUCCCGCCGGCCGCCGUUUGUGUGUUUGGCUUUUUUUUUUUAAAACAACUUUAUUGUUCCCUCCCGGGUGGCAGCCCCCGCCCCCUGCGCUGUGCGCGUCCUCAGGAUGCACUGAGGCUGCAGGGAGGCGGCGGCGGCGGCGGCGGCAGGUCCCGGUCCCCGGUCCCCGGUCCUCACCCUCUCCUCCGAGUGCCCAACCCGGGGAGGGGGGAGUUAUGAUGUCCGGCAGCCGCCAGGCUGGUCCCGGCGCUGCUGGGACAGGGCCCGGCUCCUCCACGGCCUCUUCAGUCACUUCCGCCUCGUCGUCGUCCUCGUCGUCGUCGCCGUCGCCCCCGUCCCUAACGGCGGUGGUGGCCGCGGCGGGGUCCAGCGGGGCCGGCGGCUCGGGGGGCCUCGGGGCCACCGUGCGGCCUCUGCUGGUGACCGCCCCCGUGUCGGGCUCUGGCGGCGGGGGCGGGGGCGGCGGGGCGCUGGCCGCGGGCCUCUCCCGGCUCGGGGGCUCGACCAGGCCCGGGAGCGCCGUCAACGGCGGCGGCGGAGCUAGCUCGGGCAGCGGCAGCAGGAAGCGGCCUCUGCUCACCCCGCUCUGCAAUGGGCUCAUCAACUCGUACGAGGACAAAAGCAACGACUUCGUCUGCCCCAUUUGUUUUGAUAUGAUUGAAGAAGCAUAUAUGACGAAGUGUGGCCACAGUUUCUGCUAUAAAUGUAUCCAUCAGAGCCUGGAAGACAAUAAUAGGUGUCCCAAGUGUAACUAUGUUGUGGACAAUAUUGACCAUCUUUACCCUAACUUCUUAGUGAAUGAACUUAUUCUCAAACAGAAGCAAAGAUUUGAGGAAAAGAGGUUCAAGUUGGACCAUUCAGUGAGUAGCACCAAUGGCCACAGGUGGCAAAUAUUUCAAGAUUUAUUAGGAACUGAUCAAGAUAACCUCGAUUUACCCAAUGUCAACCUGAUGCUGGAACUACUUGUACAAAAGAAAAAACAGCUGGAGGCAGAGUCACAUGCUGCCCAACUACAGAUCCUUAUGGAAUUCCUCAAGGUUGCAAGGAGAAAUAAAAGAGAGCAACUGGAACAGAUCCAAAAGGAGCUAAGUGUACUGGAGGAAGAUAUUAAACGAGUGGAGGAAAUGAGUGGUUUGUAUUCCCCUGUCAGUGAGGAUAGUACUGUGCCUCAGUUUGAAGCUCCCUCUCCAUCACACAGUAGUAUUAUUGAUUCCACGGAAUACAGUCAGCCUCCAGGUUUCAGUGGCAGCUCUCAGAUUUUUGAUGUUUUGUCCCUCCAGAUGAAUUGUCUAACUCUGCAAAAGAAAUUCUUUGGAAGUUUGACAAAGAAACAGCCUUGGUACAACAGUACAUUAGCAUCACGACGGAAACGCCUCACUGCUCACUUUGAGGAUUUAGAACAGUGCUACUUUUCUACAAGGAUGUCUCGAGUCUCAGAUGACAGUAGGACUGCAAGCCAGUUGGAUGAGUUUCAAGAGUGCCUUUCCAAAUUCACUCGAUACAAUUCAGUCCGACCCUUGGCUACUUUGUCUUACGCUAGUGACCUCUAUAAUGGCUCAAGCAUAGUCUCCAGUAUUGAAUUUGACCGAGAUUGUGACUAUUUUGCCAUUGCUGGGGUAACAAAGAAGAUCAAAGUAUAUGAAUAUGGGACAGUCAUCCAGGAUGCAGUAGAUAUUCAUUACCCUGAAAAUGAAAUGACCUGCAAUUCCAAAAUCAGCUGUAUCAGCUGGAGUAGUUACCAUAAAAAUCUGUUAGCCAGCAGUGAUUAUGAAGGCACAGUUAUCCUAUGGGAUGGAUUCACAGGACAGAGGUCAAAGGUCUACCAGGAACAUGAGAAAAGAUGCUGGAGUGUUGACUUUAAUUUGAUGGACCCCAAACUUUUGGCUUCAGGUUCUGAUGAUGCAAAAGUGAAACUGUGGUCUACCAACCUGGACAAUUCAGUGGCGAGUAUUGAGGCCAAAGCAAAUGUGUGUUGUGUCAAAUUCAGCCCAUCUUCUAGGUACCAUUUGGCUUUUGGCUGUGCGGAUCACUGUGUCCAUUACUAUGAUCUUCGCAACACUAAACAGCCCAUCAUGGUGUUCAAAGGACAUCGAAAGGCAGUUUCCUAUGCAAAGUUUGUGAGUGGGGAAGAAAUUGUUUCUGCGUCAACUGAUAGUCAACUGAAGUUGUGGAAUGUAGGGAAACCACACUGUUUGCGUUCCUUCAAGGGCCAUAUCAAUGAAAAGAAUUUUGUUGGAUUGGCUUCCAAUGGAGACUACAUAGCCUGUGGGAGUGAAAAUAAUUCCCUCUACUUAUACUACAAGGGCCUUUCAAAGACGUUGCUGACUUUUAAAUUCGAUACAGUCAAAAGUGUCUUAGACAAGGACCGGAAAGAAGAUGACACAAAUGAAUUUGUUAGUGCUGUUUGUUGGAGGGCACUGCCAGAUGGGGAGUCCAAUGUGCUGAUUGCUGCUAACAGUCAGGGGACAAUUAAGGUGCUUGAGCUGGUAUGAAGGAUCAUCCCUGAAGAAAAGAUUGACUGGGUCCUGCUGAAAAAUAUCUGCAGUUCACAAUGAGAGAAGAAAGGAAACCUUGAGAUGAUGUCCCUCCCUGAAGCCAUCAUGGGUUUUUUGUUUUGUUUUGUUUUCAACUUUUUCACCCUUUUUUUUUUCCAUCCCUUUCCCCCAUCUACGGACUCUUUAGGACCUCUGCGAUGCUGGGAGCACCCAGUGAACUCUCCACCAUCAACAUAACUCCACAGACUUUGCUGCUGCUGGUGGUGGUGUGGUUGUCUAAUUUUUAUGAUAGGGAAACAAAUUCUUUUAAAUAAAAACAAAUCACCAAAAAAGCAUAAAUGUUUAUUGAGCCACAGCUAAGGUAGGGAACUUUCUGUCAUUACAUGUAAAGACAGAUAUGCUUUUUAAGGGAGAAAAAUCCAUUAAGAACAGCUGAACUGAGAUCUAGUGAGUCUUUAGCUCCAGUCAUGGACAAGAGGGUUACACAGAAUGAGCAGUUAAAGAUGAGAUUUGAAAUUAUUUAAUAGAAAAGUGUGAGAAGAAAGGACAAUGAGCCUUUUUUCCAUAAUUUGAAUGCUCACAAGAGAUUGGAGUUCAUACCAUAAUGCUAUUAACACUAUCUAAAUUCUCUGAACAGAUGUGAUGUCAGCAAUCUGAGCCCAGUUUUCUCCCUGCGCCUGGUCAGGUUUUCCAAAUGCUGAUCUACCAAGAACAUGGACUGAGGGAGAGCACAUGCUCCCAGACAGCACAAUGCCUAGACUCCUCUCAAGUCUACUUAAUGUCACGUGCAUAUCUGUCCAACUCCAUUUAUGUGAAACACAGCUAUCAGAUUGUCACGGUUUUCAGUUCCAGCCCAGGCUAGAUUUGUGCCAUGGCUAAAGGAGAAAGGUUUGAAAUCCUAUUACCCAAACCUCUGAGCCAUGAGUCUCUUGGGCAGUGUAGUUAAUUUUUAAAAUAGUUUUCAAGUUGUUUAAAAAAAAAAAAAAGGAAUCUCAUAGCCAAGAAACGCAAAAGAAAAAGAAGGGACAAAGACUAAAGCUAAAAACCAUGAAGUCUGUUUCACCUUACACAUAAGAAUGGUCCAAGAUUUGAUUUAGGUCAUGGCCUGAUACAUAUAAAGUGAUAGGUUGAUAUAUUUAUCACAUGGCUUCUCCCUUCCCCCAAAUCAUUGAAACCAUUAAUCAUCAUAACAAGAUAAUUCCAUGCCGAAGGUCUCUGUGGGUUAUGAGAACAUUACAAUUACUGCUGUGGCCACUCUGCUUGAGGAGAGUCCAAGAUCAGUCUAAACUGACACCUGUCAGAUGCCAAAGGUGGCCCUGAAGAGAUGCUCCCCCUACACCCCCCUGCCCCCGUAAUUAAUGACCAGGGUGUGAUACCUCAAAGUAGAGGCUUAAAGACUCUAGAAUCUCUCCCUAAGUAAUUAGUAGGCAGACAUGCAUGUCCAGGUCAUUAUGAAGACAGAAAGUGGUAGUUCAUGACUUUUAGCCAAACUGAGUAAUUGCAAGAAUAGUUUUCUUCAUAUGGACUUAUACUGUAAGGCUUCUCUAUAUAAUGAGAGAUUCUUAGGGGUUUGAACAAGUAAAAAUCAUUUUAAGGAGAGAAAUUUAGCUUAAAGUUCAGCUGCUCUGUUUUUCUUUGGGGACAUAUGUGCAUAUGUGGGGAAGUAUAUACAUACAUAUAUAUGCAUGCACAUAUAUUUACAUAUAUGCAAAUCACAUAUUUUUGUGUGUAUGUAUAUAUAAAUACAAAUAUAUGGAAAAUA